GAAAUAUCAGAAACUCAAACUCGAAACUAUGACAACUAGAGAAUUACUGCUGGCAUUAGUUAGUUGACUGGUAGGUUUGUUUCUUAACUCAGUUCCUCCUGUCCUCUCUAGUUGGUUCUAUCAUCUACGAUCACAUUGCUCAAUUCAUUUUGCUAACCUUAGAAAUCUGAGUAGCCAUGGAACAAUCAUCAGAAGUUCAAGACAACAAUAACCCUUUAUCAUCAUUCUUACAGUCUCUUAAAAAAUCUUCAAAACAUCUCCAAAACAAAUCUACUUUCAUUACCCACAAUCCCCAACCUGCCAUAGAAGCUCUUUUCGAACUCCAUAGAGAGCACGAGACCAUUUUCUCUAGCAACCCAAAACUUUCUAAACUCUCUGAAUUAUUAUUCACCCUUAGAACCCUACUUCAAAAGCAUAAAGGAUCCCCAGGUAAUAGCCUUAAAUCCCUCAUUCACCGCCAAAUAAUUAACUACAGAAUUUAUCAAGUUGCAUUUGCUAUUGAAGCUGAGGUUCAAGCCUGUAUUGAUCAAGAAAAUGUUCAGAAUCUUGUAAAGAUAAGUCAAGAUCAAGAAACAGUAAGUGAGGAAGAGAGAUUAAGGGUAUUGAAAGAGUUUGAGAAUCGUUUAUUACUGGGUUUUGAUAGUAAUUUUCAAGAAUUAGUUUUGAGAGCAAAAGGGUUCACAAUUCUUGAAUCUUUACUAUGUGACUCAACUUGCUCGAAGAGGAUUAGAGAACAGGCUGCUCUUUGUAUAGUUGGUUUAGUCGAAUUCAAUAGAGAUGUGUUUGUUGGGUUGGUUUUAAUGGGUCCAAUUGUUCAAUCUUUGAUAUCAAUGGCUUCAGGUUGUUCCAUACAAGUUCUUUGUUCACUUAUAAGAUUGAUCAAGACUCCAUUGAUUGAUGAAAUUGAAUUGGAUGGAGAAAUCCCAAGAAUUAUAAGCCUUUUGAGGUCACAAGAUUUAUCAAUUCAAGUAGCAGCAAUGGAUUGCAUCUGUGAAAUUGCAUAUUCUGGUAGAAAAGAAGUGAUUGAAGCUAUGAUAGAAGAAGGGUUGAUUGAAAAGCUGAUGGAAUUCCAAAGAUCAAAAUUUGGAGACAACCUAGUCAAGAAAGCGACAGAUCAAUGUACUGAGAAGAGAAAUGGAGAAAUGUGUGAAGAGGAUAUUGAGGAAGAAGAAGAAGAAGAAAUUGUAAGGAACAGACCAUUUGCAAGCUGUGUAAAGAGAUUUGCAGUGCAAGUUGAAGUAGGAGAUGGAUUGAACUACCAAGAAAGAAAAGCCUUGAAAAUGGAAAUAUUGAGGAGAGUUAAAGAAGCCUCUGUUUCUGAGGCAGAGGAGGCCUCUAUUGUGGCAGAGGUACUGUGGGGUUCUUCAUCUUGAAAAAUAAAUCUAAGAAUAGAUUGACUUCCUUUUAAAAAAAAAAAGAAAAAAAUUCUUUUAUUUAUUGGUUUUUGUAAAAGUCAUAAGAUAUCUUGAUAACCAAUUCUAGGGCUGCUGAUAGGUAGGGGAGAGUAGUGUGGUGUUUAACAUAAAAGGAAUUUCAAAAUUGAGAUUUAAUGGAGGUUGAAAUAUUGUUUU